GGGUCCCUGUACCGCCUCCCAUUGCUCCCACUACUGCAUCGUGCCACUUUCACGGUUCCUCCCACUCCUGCUGGUGCUUGCCUGGCCCCUAAAUCUGCCAUGGGCCCCCGGACCGCCUGGUCACGCUGCUGCUGGGUCCACAGUGUGACAAGGGUCCACUGUACCGCCUCCCAUUGCACCCACUCUGCCAUGUGCCACUUUCAGGUCUCCUCACACUCCUGCUGGUUUCCAUUUUGUCAUAGGUUGCUGUAUGGCCUCCCAUUGCUGCUGCCUCCACCGCCACACUGUGGCUCCAAACACUGGGUUUUGGCCCCGUGACUGGCCAAAUGAGUGCAGUGUGCGGUGAUUCUAAAGAUCGACGGGGCACUCAUCUGCAUGUCAUCAACUGACUGACAGUAUUAUUUCUCUUCCCCAGCAGACUCCAAGGGCAUUUCA